AUGUCACGUCGAUGCGAGGUGCAUGCGUUCGACCCGACCAAAAGGCUGCGCAGGAGACACGAGCAGUACGCUGCAGGCCGCAGGCCGAACCUCACCUUCCACUACGCAGGUCUUGGCGUUGGCGCCGGUGGAAGCGCAGCCAGCCUCGUAUCGGGCACCUACGGCGCGCUCGACAGCCAGAGGAUCAAACCGCUCAGCGCGCUGAUGCAAGAAAGUGGCCAUAUCGGUCGCCAGAUCGACAUGCUGAAGAUCGACUGCGAAGGAUGCGAGUGGGAGUCAUUUAACGACAUCGCGGUGCGGACACCGACGCUGCUGCAGAAAGUGUGUACGAUUGUGCUGGAGGUGCAUGUUGCAACGCAGCUGCAGAUGGGCAGCCAGGCGCAGCUGCGCCUCAUGGCGGCUUUCUGGCGGCACUACAUCGUCGAGGCUGGCUUCCGGAUCUGGUACGUCCAUCGCAACACCGGCAAUCCGCUGGGCGUUGAUAGCCACGUCCAUCCGCUGCUCGUCACGUUGGGAAUGGACGAGGCCGUAUGCUGCUUCGAAAUCGGCCUGCACCGCCCGGGCUGCGGUACCGUCAGUCAGUGA